GUGAUUUCCCUUUCUCCAUCCAACAUCGUGCAGCUUUUAUUCCCAACCUGCCGAGGGCGCACGACGACCACCGAGGGCGACGGUAUGUGACUCGACGGCAAACGGUUCAAAAGAAGGAAACUAACCAGUGUGGGGGCAGCAGCAAAACAAGAGUGGAACAUAAUAAUAAUCUCAAUGGCAUUUAUAACUCCCAUGGGUCACCAUGGUCGUGCCACUGUGUUAUGGAGCAUGCUGCUGCAAGUGAGAUCACUGUGCUCCACUACUGCUAAUGCCAUCGCACGUUACGCGCGUAGCGGUCAGCUCGGUCAUGCUCGCAAGGUGUUCGACGAAACGCCUCUCCCUCUCAGAACCAUCUCUUCGUGGAACACAAUGGUCGCUGCGUACUUCGAAGCUCGCCAACCGCGCGAGGCCCUUUUCUUGUUCCAGAGAAUGCCCCACAGAAAUACCGUAUCUUGGAACGGUCUCAUCUCAGGCCACAUUAAGAACGGAAUGCUGCUUGAGGCGCGCAGGGUAUUUGAUGCAAUGCCCGAUCGCAACGUUGUUUCGUGGACUUCUAUGGUCCGUGGCUACGUUCGAAACGGCCAUGUUGCUGAAGCAGAACGACUCUUCUGGCAGAUGCCCGACAAGAAUGUGGUGUCGUGGACCGUUAUGCUCGGCGGGUUGCUGCAAGAGGCUCGUAUUGAGGAUGCGCGCAAGCUAUUUGAUAUGAUGCCUGAAAAGGAUGUGGUAGCGGUUACCAACAUGAUUGGAGGGUAUUGUGAGGAGGGUCGUUUGGACGAGGCUCGUGAGCUGUUUGAUCAAAUGCCGAGGAGGAAUGUGGUUACUUGGACAACUAUGGUUUCCGGGUAUGCAAGGAAUGGGAGAGUGGAUGUUGCGAGGAAGCUUUUUGAAGUGAUGCCGGAGAGGAAUGACGUGUCCUGGACUGCUAUGCUUAUGGGUUAUACUCAUAGUGGGAGGAUGAGAGAGGCUUCUAAGCUUUUUGACAUGAUUCCGGUGAAGCUGGUUGUUGAUUGCAAUGAGAUGAUCAUGGGGUUUGGGCUUGCUGGCGAGGUGGAUAAGUCAAGGCGUGUGUUUGAGGAAAUGAAGGAUAGGGAUGAUGGAACUUGGAGUGCCUUGAUCAAGGUGUAUGAGAGGAAAGGGUACGAGUUAGAAGCUUUGGGUUUGUUUAGGAGGAUGCAGAUAGAAGGGGUUGCGCUUAAUUUCCCUUCAUUAAUUAGUGUUCUUUCUGUGUGUGCCAGCCUGGCCAGUCUUGACCAUGGGAGGCAGGUGCAUGCUCAAUUGGUGAGAUCUGAAUUUGAUCAGGAUUUAUAUGUUGCCUCGGUCUUAAUUACAAUGUAUGUUAAGUGUGGCGAUCUUGUGAGAGCAAAACGUGUUUUUGACAGGUUUCCUUUGAAGGAUGUUGUUAUGUGGAACUCUAUGAUCACGGGUUAUUCCCAGCAUGGAUUGGGGGACGAAGCUUUGAAUGUUUUUUAUAACAUGGGCUCCUCUGGAGUUCCACCAGAUGAUGUUACCUUCAUCGGAGUUCUUUCAGCAUGUAGCUAUAGUGGCAAGGUGAAAGAAGGGCUUGAACUUUUUGAAUCAAUGAAAUGCAAAUAUCAAGUGGAACCGGGAAUUGAACACUAUGCUUGCCUGGUUGAUUUGCUAGGCCGAGCAGGCCAGGUUAAUGAUGCAAUGAAACUAGUACAAAAGAUGCCAAUGGAACCUGAUGCAAUUGUUUGGGGUGCAUUGUUGGGAGCAUGCAGAACUCAUAUGAAUCUGGAUUUGGCUGAAAUUUCCGUUGAUAAACUUGCACAGCUAGAACCUAAAAAUGCUGGACCUUUAGUCUUGCUUUCAAAUAUGUAUGCGUCCAGAGGAAGAUGGAAAGAUGUUGAAGUCCUUAGGAAGAAAAUGAAGUCUAGGAGUUUUAUGAAAUUGCCUGGUUGUAGUUGGAUUGAGGUGGAGAAAAAGGUACAUAUGUUCACCGGGGGUGACAGCAAGGGCCACCCUGAGCAGCCUAUUAUCAUGAAAAUGUUGGAGAAGUUAGGUGGAUUGUUGAGGGAAGCUGGGUAUUGUCCUGAUGGUAGCUUUGUCCUUCACGAUGUGGAUGAGGAAGAGAAGACACUUAGCUUGGGUUAUCAUAGUGAAAAGCUAGCUGUAGCAUAUGGAAUUCUAAAAGUGCCGAAAGGAAUGCAAAUUAGAGUUAUGAAAAAUUUGCGGGUUUGUGGUGAUUGCCAUUCUGCAAUUAAAUUAAUUGCAAAAGUUACUGGAAGGGAGAUCAUUUUGAGGGAUGCUAAUAGAUUUCAUCAUUUCAAGGAUGGUUACUGUUCUUGCAAGGACUAUUGGUGAUUCCUUGAAGCUCAUAUGACCUAAGAUUUGAAGUUAUUGGAAUAGAGGGUGGCUCUGCCCGAGUUUGAUGGACUUGUAUACCAUGUGCUUUGGUGGUCAGUAUUUUACAACUUGCUAGUGUGACAUACAUAAGUGAGUAUUAUGGUUAAGGUGAGUCUGCUGACUAAGAAUGAUGGUACUAAGAAUCAAAAGUAUGAAUGAAUUGGAAGCUCGUAAAAAUUAAGAUCCAUUACAUUAUUGUUUUUGAGUGAAGAUAUGCUGCCUAAAAUAUGAAAGUGGUGAAGCUGUUUUGAUCCUGCAGAGUAACCUUUGAGGGAUCCCAGAGAGGUUCCAUUUGGGGAAGAGCUGGUGAGAGGGCAGUGGAAGUUCUGGACACACUUGGAAGUAGUGUGCCAAAGUUAAGCAACAGUAAUGGGUUUGACACUGCAGUGGCUCCAAGAGGGAAUAGAAUAUCUAUAUUGACAUUUGAAGUGACUCCAACAGUAAUGUUUGAGUUAAGGUGCAUAUAAAAGUGUUCAAUAGAUUUGCUAUAACUUUCUAAUAGAAUAAAUCUCAAAUUUUAUUGUAACAUUGAAACUAAAGACAACUCUAAAUCCUGUAAUCCUACUUUUCAUUGACAA